AUGCACCCUACCUCAACUUUUUACCCUCAAUAUGUAAAAACUGACUCUAUUAAGGUGUUCGAGAAGAUGGUGGAAAAAGAUUUUAGAGAAAAGAUAACGAAAAAGAUUAAUAAAGACAACCUAACGAAAAGAGAGAGAAGUGCACUUAAAGGACUCAGGAAAGCUGAAGAUCUAACCAUCAAAUCAGCAGACAAGGGAGGUGGGUUGGUCAUCAUGAACACCAAAGAUUACACUGAAGAAAACCAAAGACUUUUAGGGGACACUUGCACAUACCUCAAACUAGACAACGAUCCUACCUCACAAUACAAAGAGAGACUUUAAGGAAUACGCGACCAAGGAAAGAUAAUUCAAAUACUUAUACACACAAUUCCAGAGGAUACCGGUAUUUUACCUAAACCACCUGGGAGGCCUAUUAUAUCUGGAAUUGGAUCCCUCACUGCUAAUCUCUCAGAAUACGUCAAUUUUUAUCUGCAAAACCUGGUUCCAUGUCUGAAAUCGUACUUGAGAGACUUUAGAGAUUUUAAAUCUUUUAUCCAAUUUUAACUGGGAAGAGAAUAUGUUUUUAGUGACAGCGGAUGUCACCUCCCUUUACACUGUAAUCGAACAUCUCCAGGGAUGCGAGGCAAUACAAUAUUCCCUAGCCAUCUACUCGGAGUUGAAAAAUUACCAGAUCGACUUUUUAAUCCAAUGUAUUGCUUUUAUCCUCACUCACAAUUAUUUCUGCUGUGAUGACCAAUUUUACCUACAAACAGAAGGUACAGCCAUGGGGACACAAUUUGCACCGAGCUACUCAAACCUUUUUAUGGGAAAGUGGGAAGAAGAGUUCAUAUAGGACCACUGCCCAUUCAGCGCGAAUCUGUCCCUGUGGCAUAGGUACAUAGAUGAUUGCUUCUUCAUAUGGAAAAGGAACCCAGAAUCCCUUGAAAAAUUCAAACUCUACCUCAACAACAACCCACAUCACCUCAAAUUUUCUUUUAACCAAUCAAAGGAGCAGAUCGAAUUUCUAGACCUUAAUUUUUACAUUGAAGGAGAACUCCACACAAAAACUUUUUUUAAAAGUGUCAAUUGCAAUAGUUUUAUACCUUUUAAUAGUCACCAUAAACCCACAUGGCUCAGGAAUAUACCUUAGAAUCAAUUCAGGAGAAUCAGAAGAAACUGUUUAAAAACAGAUAUUUCUAAAGACCAAAUGGGUGAAAUGUACCAAAGAUUCCAAGAUAAAGGAUACCCAGUACCACUCUUAGAAGGUGCCAUGAAGAAAGCCCUGACCAUUCAGAGGGAAGAGACUCUAUGUAAUAAAACCAAAGAUACAGAACCGUUCAACUCAAUCCCAACAUUCAUCACCAAAUGUAACCAUCAAUCACGCACUAUAGAGAGAAUUCUGAGGAAACACUGGGGAAUCCUCAGAAAUGACCCAACCCUCUCUAAACUUCUUGAUACUAAACCAAAAAUCAUAUUCACCAAGGCUCCCAAUUUUCAACUUCUACUGGCCCCCACCAUGAAAUCCUCGAACAACACCAUCGACCAAGAACCUAACAAAGGCUUCGCAAGAUGCAAGAAAUUAAUAACCGGUAAAAUUACCCUUCCUUAGAAACAGUGACCACAAGUUUUUUCAUCUAUGCACAAUAUGGAAGAAUUUGAUUUAAAGACAGAUUUGAACUACAACACCCCAGGAGUAUUUUACCUCAUUACUUGUCCCUGUCCAAAACAGUAUGUAGGACGCACAAAAAGACCGCUUAAAACAAGAAUUGCGGAACAUAUCCGCAAUAUUAAAAAAGGGCCUUCCAACACACAAUCUGUCUAAGCAUUUCCAGGAAUUUCAUGGAGGGGACCCGACGGGACUCACUUUCCUAGCCAUAGAAAAGGUUAACGUUCAUUGGAGAGGAGGCAGUAUAGAGAAGAAUUUAGACCAGACUGAAGCAAGAUGGAUAUUCAAUUUGGAAACUCUGGUCUUAAUGUGGACUUUGAACUUCGUGCAUUUUUAUAGACCAGUCCAAUUUUUGAACUCUUUUUUAACUACCAUUCUUUUCUCAUCUUUUAUUGUCCAUUUUUAUUAUCAAAUUCAAUUUUUUUUUCAUUGUCAAUUGCAUUUUCUUAUUCAUUUUAAUUCAUUCUCCAAUUGUCCAGUCUGUCUGUUUAGAACUUAGAAACAUAGAAUGUGACGGCAGAUAAGAACCAUUCAGCCCAUCUAGUCUGCCCAAUUUUCUAAAUACUUUCAUUAGUCCCUGGCCUUAUCCUAUAGUUAGGAUAGCCUUAUGCCUAUCCCACGCAUGCUUAAACACCUGUACUGUGUUAACCUCUACCACUUCAGCUGGAAGGCUAUUCCAUGCAUCCACUACCCUCUCAGUAAAGUAAUACUUCCUGAUAUUAUUUUUAAACCUUUGCCCCUCUAAUUUAACACUAUGUCCUCUUGUUGUGGUAGUUUUUCUUCUUUUAAAUAUGGUCUCCUCCUUUACUGUGCUGAUUCCCUUUAUGUACUUAAAUGUUUCUAUCAUAUCCCCCCUGUCUCGUCUUUCCUCCAAGCUAUACAUGUUAAGAUCCUUUAACCUUUCCUGGUAAGUUUAAUCCUUCAAUCCAUGAACCAGUUUAGUAGACCUUCUCUGAACUCUCUCUAAAGUAAAGUCCUUCUGAAGAUACGGUCUCCAGUACUGCGUACAAUACUCCAAGUGAGGUCUCACCAGUGUUCUGUACAAUGGCAUGAGCACUUCCCUCUUUCUACUGCUAAUACCUCUCUACAUCUAUUUUUCAUCUCAUCUCCUCCCAUUUUUAAUUGAUCUAGUGAAUGCUUUUUAUUUUUUUUUCUCAAUUUAACUGUUAUUGUGAUCUAUAAUUUUUAUUCCCCAUCUGCAUUUAUCAUAAUCUUUCCAGCCAUCCACUGUCUCAUCUGUGACCUUUUAUUUUUUAGACACACCUUCUAGUCCCUUUCUUUCCAGAUUCCCUUUCUUUUGUUUCACCCCCUUACCCCUUUAUUUAAGACUAUUCCCAUUCCACUAUACUUCUUCUAGUCUAUCCAUUUUCCACUUCCUUUAUUUUUCUUUUCCACCAUGCGUUUCACUGUUCUCUAUUAGGUAGAUCCAGCACCAUUCCCCCUUAAUCUUACCCAUUCUCUAUACAGACCCAUAUAUUUUUUUUCCCAUAAGCUAUCGUUAGCCACUUCUUUCUAAUAACCCGUAGUUCAUUAGGUCUUAACUCACACGCAUCUUACUCUCUUUUACACACCGUUUGUAUUCCACACACACAUACAGAUAUAUUCAACUCCCCCCCUUCUUUAUUCACAUCAUCGCGAACCACUCCCACUAUUCUAAUCCGAUCUUACCUUCGCGACCACAUAUAACUUUCUUCUUCUCACUAUACCGCACUACUUUCUUAGUCAUCCCUUAAGACCACGACCACUACUACUACACAUAUAUCUUCUCAUAUGUUCCUGUCAUUUAUUUCCCUAUUCACAUGCUUCUAUCCUUUAUCUUAGAUAUUAACACUAUGCAUUCUACACCUUCUUCACACACGACUGUGACAACCUUCCACUUUGUGAUUUAAUUUUAUCAUUCUUCAUUGUGUUGUACCACCUAUUACAUAGAUGUAUCUAUUCUUAUUUGUAUCAGUUUUAUUUGUAUUAUUUUCAUCUGUAUUAUAAGUAUUAUUUUUAUUUCUAUCUAUAUUUCAGAAUCUUUAUUCAAGAAUCCAUGCACCAGAACCUCCAUAGACAUUGAGUGUCAAUUAAUAAGACCUAACCCAUUUUACAAUUAUAGAGGGUUCACAAGUAUAGAUGAUAUGUAAUGUCCGAUCUACAAUUAUUCCAUGUGCUGAUGUUACAUGCUCUUAGAUCUGUCUUUCGUUAGGUUCCGAAAAUAUCUGUAUAUAUAAACAUGAAAUCAAACUUUUAUUUUACCUUCUUCAACAUUUAUAUGCAUUCUCAUGAUAACUGUUAUUUUAGAAGUACAUGAUAAUGCAUACAUGUAACCAAUUAAUUCACAUCAACAUUCCUCCAGCAUUCAUACUAGCAGUGGCGUACUAAGGGGGGGCGGGGGGGGCGGUCCGCCCCGGGUGCCAGCCGGGUGGGGGGUGCCAGACCAGCUCCGCCGCCCCCCCCCAUGCUGCAGCCGCCCGAGAGCUCUGUAAAGAGCCUCGGGCGGCUGCAGCUUUGCCCGGGCGGUGCGUCCAUGAGGGCGGACCGCACCGCCCGGGCGCAGCCUGAGGAGAGGCUGACAGGAGGGAGCGCUCCUGUCAGCUCCCUCACUGCAGCAUGGUCCGACGGGUACAGAGAGCAGCUGUCUCCUGUACCCGGCCGGACUAACAGGAAGUGCACACUCAGUGUGUACUUCCUGUUAGUCCGGCCGGGUACAGGAGACAGCUGCUCUCUGUACCCGCGGACUAUACUGGGCUCGGCCACGCUACAGCAAAGGUAGGGGGGGGAGAGAAAGAGGGGGUGAGGAAAAGGAAAAGUGAAAAAGAGGACAGAGAGGGUGAAAAAGGAGUAGCAAGUGAGAGAGGGGGUGAAAAGAGGAGAAGCAAGAGAGAUGGGGGUGAAAGAGGAGAAGGAAAAAAGGGAGGAGAGGGGGUGAAAAAAGGAGUGAGAGGGGGGGUGACAGGAGGAGAAAGGGGGGGGAAAAGGAGAGGGGUGGAAAAAAGAGGAGAAAGGGGACAAAAAAGGAGGGGGGGGUGAAAAAAGAGGAGAGAGGGGGGGAAAAGGGAGAAGGGGGUGAGAGAGGGGUGAGAGAGAGGGGGGUGAGAAAGGAGGGAGGGUGAGAAAGAGGAGAAAGGGGGGGUGAGAAAGGAGGUGUGAAAGAGAAAGGAGGUCAGAAAGAGAAAGGAGGGGGAAGAGAAAGGAGGGGGAAGAGAAAGGAGGGGGAGAGGAAGAGAAAGGAGGGGGAGAGGAAGAGAAAGGAGGGGGAGAGAAAGAGAAAGGAGAGGGGGGGUGAGAAAGGAGAGGGGGGGCGAGAGAGAAAUUAGGAGGGGGGAAGAGAAAUUAGGAGGGAGGGAGAGAUAUUAGGAGGGGGGAAAUAGAAAUUAGGGGGGGAGAGAAAUUGAAAUUAGGAGGGGGGGGGAGAAAUUGAAAUUAGGAGGGGGGAAGAGAUAUUAGGAGGGGGGAAAGAGAAAUUAGGAGGGGGGGUGAGAGAGAAAUUGGGAGGAGGAGAAGGAAAUUGGAGCGGGAGGAGAGAUUUACAUUCAUCACAUACACACAAUGCACCCCUUGCACACAGAAAAACACACAAUGCAUUACACACACAGACACACAUACACAAGCAAUGCAACCGUUACACACAAUGCAUCCCUUACACAGAAACACACAAUGCAUUCAUUACACACACUCAAUGCACCCCUUACACACAUUCAAUGCAUCCCAUACAUACACAGAAACACACCUUGCAGCCCCUACACAUACAAACACAAUUUCACACAAUGCAUUCCUUACACACAUAUCAGGACAUCCCCUACACACUCCACACCCUGUGAACAAACUCAUUGGUGGAACAUGAAGGUGGACCCUGGGACCCAGACCUUGAGCUGUGUAAAGGACCCCAAAAAAAUGGAGCUGCUUCCCGUUCUCCCAGAACAUUGAUUUUUGUGACCACAGUUACAAACCGCCUCCAGAGAGCCUGUUCUGCACCAGACCAGUGGAGCCAGACUGCAGCUAGAGCUCAUCAUCAUCCUCAUCUGGUUGUAAGUAGGCAAUCUAGUAUAUUAUUCGUGGCACUAAGCUCUAAUUUACCUCACAUUAAAGAAACACUAUAGUCCCCAGAACCACUCCAGCUUAAUGUAGUGGUUCUGGUGUCUAUAGCCUGUCCUUGCAGGCCUUUUAAUGUAAACACGGCGGCACUGCAGCACUGGCGUUAGUUAACAUGGAAAAUCAUAUGGGUGGGGCAUUGUGAUGUCACAUGGGUGGGGGGCGGCAAACUUUACUUUUGCCUAGGGCGGCAAAAAUCCUUGCACCGGCCCUGGCUGGAGGGGGCUGUGUGAGCUGUGGCCGCACAGUGUCCCAUGGUAGUUAGGGUGCCGUGCAGCCAGUACAGCUCACACAAGCAAACAGCUGAUAAACUGGCCGCACGGAGGAAAUGUGUAUGUGUGACUGUCUGCCUGUGACUGUAUGUGACUGUCUGCCUGUAACUGAGUGUGUGACUGUCUGCCUGUAAAUGUGUGUGUGACUGUCUGCCUGUAAAUGUGUGUGUGGGGCUGCAGGGAUUUUGUAGAAAGGGGCGGGGGUUUUGUAUUGGGACAGGAGUCUUUACAAAUUGUAAGAAAAAAAAAGAGAACCUUUAAAAAAUUUUACAGGUUUGUUUUUUUUUGGGGGGGGGAGGGGGGGGGGGUGCCAAGCACAGGAUCCGCCCCGGGUGCCAAAUGCUCUAGGUACGCCCCUGCAUACUAGUAUAUGAUAAUAUACCUCACACCAGUUUUUAAUUGUCAUUUAUAAGAUAUUAUUUCCUUGUAUUUCUAAUCACGAUUGCAACAGUAUUCUAAUGUAUAACAAAUUUAUGUAGUUCUUUCUUCCUUUAUGUAUCAUAGAAAUUACACAUGUGUUUCUAUUUAUUAUUGCUCAACUGUAUCAACAAUCCUGUAUUAUUACAGAGAUCAGGAUACCUACACCACAUAUAACUGUUGCAUUUUAUAUUCUACCCAGCAUAUUUGUAUACAUUUUUUAAGGCUCCUUUUAAGUUAACAGUAACUUUUAAAGACACAGUAACCAUCUGUCAUAUUUCAUAUAUCCUCCAUUUAUAUUCCUUAUUCUAUCUAUUUUAUCCUAGAGUUGUAACUUUCCACGUUCAUACACACUGCAAAGCAUUUUCAAGUAUAUUUUAAUAUAUCCAACACAGCUAGGUUGCAAUGCUGCUGCCCAUCCCAUGUGUUCCCUAUUAAGGGUUAAUAAGCAUGUAGGGAUGUAUAUAAAAAAUACCCCUUUCUGUCUCAUUAGAGAUAUUUUGGCCAGAAGCUCAAAGAAGCAAGGUGAAUGGUUAGUGUUAGGACCCACCUAAGAGGUAUGCAUUGAUGUGGCAGGGCUUACCCUCUCAUGGCCAUUGGAGGUAACUCCAUUACGUUACCCUUGCCAUCCUGACACCUUAGCCUGAUACAUUAUGGAUGCAUCCAUUUGAUAUAUAUUAGGAUACUCAAAUUGUAUCAUUGUGGCAUUCAUUCUGCUACUGUGUAUCUCCUGUGUCAGUAUAUCUAGUUCUUUUCCAGCUACUCUACUGGGGUGUACUUCUACACCCCAGAGUUUUUUAUUUUCACCCAGUAUUUUAUUUGUCUGUGUUUUCACCUCCUACUGCACAUUACCCUUACCCAUGUCCGUUCAGUAUAUUUGAGCAUUUUGCCACAUUAUAUUCUUUCAAUGUGGUAAUUGUAGUAUCUAUAUUAAUAUAUUUUUGUUUGUUUAGUUUUUGUUACCAAUAAAGUAUUCCUUUGAUUUUAAGUAAUUAUUGGGACAGAUUUUCUCUCCUGUUUCUGACAUUAACAGUUAAAUUGUCAUGCAGAAAUUGAAAAAUUACUUUUUAGAUUUUAUUUAUAUAAAAUGGAGUUCCAUAUAUGAAUGUUUGAUAUGAAAUGAAAGCUCUGUUUCCCCUGAACAAAAUGAUAUAUAAUAAGUGUGGGUGCACUUGGUAUGAAAAAGGUAAAUUAUUGUUGAACAGACAUAUAGUAAAAUUCUGUGGUUUGUUUACAUUUUGUUUUGCUCACAAUGUGCACAUUUUGCUCAGACCUUAAGGGGUUAAUAAGAAGGGGGGGGGGGGAGCAUCUGUGUUAUUGUGCAGUGGUCCAACAUAUUUUUUUCCGUUAGAUACCUAUUUAACCCCUUAAGGACACAUGACAUGUGUGACAUGUCAUGAUUCCCUUUUAUUCCAUUAGUUUGGUCUUUAAGAAGUUAAUGAAGGUUACAUUGACUGGUGAUUUUAAUCGACUGAGCUGUAUGGUGCAGUAGUAGAUGGACACUAAAUACACUUUAACCUUACCAUGUUAGCCCAUUAGCUCUGUGUAUGUGAUUAUUUCUCUCAUAUGAAUGGUGUUUAUCCCACCCUAAAUGUCUGUAACUUAUAGCUUCUUUAAUAUUGGGUUAUUAACCCAAUAAUGCCUUACCCCUACUGUUAGCACUUGUACACAGCCCCCUCCACAUAUGUACAAACACUAUGCUGUGAACAUGCAUAAAAAAAAAUAUAUAUAUAUAUUGGUCAUGUCUCUUCAGCCAGCCAUCCCCUGCCCCCAACUCCCAGGAGAAUAACAGCCUGCCGUAGCGCGGUCAGGGAGGCGUGACCGAGGGCGGAGAAGCAGGAAAUAAUUCAGGCGACGGCGGAAGUGACCCAGCACGGUCAAAGAAGGAGGAAGGAAGUGACGUCGCUGUGGUCCCGAAACCCGGAAGCGGUGGUGGACUGAUAGUGAGUCUUGUGCUUGCGAAUUCAUUUUGUGUGUGACUAGCGAUUCAGCGCGUGCAAUGUUAGGCUCUGACAUUUACAUUUUGUAGGAUAAGAGGACUACUUGCUUGCAUGUGUUUCUCCUAUCAAUUGGCUAGGCGUCAAACGACUGCUCAUGGGUAUAGGCAGUGGGGGGAUUACAAGUCCCAAAGCUCUCUGCAUAAUACUAGUGCUUCAGAAAGAUGGCGUGGCUAGCACAUAUUGUACUAGUAGUAAUCGUUGUUUUACAAAGCAGAUCAAAGUAAUGUAUUAGUAUCUUAAUUCAGUGUUUGUCGUCAGAGCUCAUCCUUCAUGGUACUUCUAUCUUUGUUUUUGUAAGCCAUUACUUUAUCAAUCUAUGCCAAAGACAUCUAGUACAAAACAUUUUUACCCACUCCUUUUCUUUACUGGCUUAAAGGAACACUGACGGACCGCCUGGCAACCCGACCAGGUAUCUCUGUCAAAUCGCUGCUUCCUAGUACUUGCAAGCACCAUAACCACUGUAGACCCCCACGAACUGCCGCAGCUUGGUCGGGGUCUCACCGUCCUCCACCCACCCUGGACCCAAGACCAGGAUCCAGCUUUCAGUGGGUAAACCUCUCCUAGUCCAAAGAGCGUAGUAGGAACAGCUCUUAUAAGAGCUAGUGAUUAUACUCAGGGGAGUAUUGUGAUAUAGCAAUCCCCCGAGUGACUAUAGUUCUCCAAUCCCCUAAACAUGAGCCAAGACUUCAUGAAGGGGUAAACGAAUCUCUCUCUUUUUAAUGGGAGCCACACUUGGCCUUUUAUGACAAUCCCCAUGCAAGGGGUACCCCACAUGGACCUUGCUGGGGACUCCAACACAAAGACACAGACCAAUAAGAACAGUGAUUAAAUGCUCGACACUCCCAAACAUACAGUCCCUCCUCCCUGCCUGGAAGAUAAUUGGAUCAGUAACUGUACUAAUUAUAAUCCAAUUAUCUCCAAGCACAGAAAAAAACAUACUUUUUUUUUUUUUUUUUUUUUUUAAACACACCAAAAGUACCCUAAAAAUAAAUAAGUCCCCACAAAUGUUACAUACCCUGAUCUGGGUGACCAACAUAUCCCAAAAUCACACAGAUCAGUUCCGGGGUUCAGGAAUUUCCUGGAAGUAAUUUCUUUUUGACCGACCGCAGGCACGGUCCCAAAAAUAGUUCCAUAGAAUUGCGGCUGAGUGCCGCUUGAGAACCGACCGGGAACCGUGACGUUUUCAUACCGAAAAUAGUUCCAGGGCAUUCGUGGCUAAGUCCCCCUGAAGUCUAUUUCAGUUUUGGUCCAUGCGAACAAGAUGGCCGCCACCUCGUGGUCGUCCACAGGAAUUGCGGCCACCCAGACGAACACUUAAACUCCUGCGGUGGAAAUUGCAAUAAUAUAUCAAUUAAGCUUAACAAGCUUCAGGGUGGUCUCCGGUUCGUGCGGCUGUACGGUAAAUUAACCAUAUAGUCCCAAUUGCACAAACAGAUCCUGUUUAAAGUAUUUUAAAAAGGUCUAUUGCAGGGGCCAUAGUCACAGGGUAGGAGGCUGGCAAACAGACCCCUCCAAAAACCAGUGGUGAGGUUACUUUCGCCACAAACACUAUAAUGUCAGAAAUACAAACGUGUAUUCCUGACGCUGGUCUCUGCACUGAAAAGGUGUUUAAAGUCACCUUUUUCACCAAAGCUGUACCGGUUUCGCCACAGCUAGUCCCUCCUGGCUUCCCUCCAUGACUGAGAUCAUCCAUCGUUCUGAUCUCAGCCAACACUUUAGAAAACAUUGGGAGGCUAUUGCACAUGUGAACGAAAAUUAGCAUCAUCUUUAUGGGGAAUGUUCAGCAUCUCCAUGAUAAAGGAAGCACCUCUAGUGGCCGUCUGAGUGACUGCCACUAUUGGUGUUCCUAGGCAGCAAUAUAAACACUGUAUUUUCUUGGAAUAGGCAAUGUUUACAUUAAAAAGGCCUACAUGGGUAUGCUAUAGACUGCAGAACCAUUACAUCAGGCCUGCGCAAUAUUUGGCCUGCAAAAAAUGUUGAGGGCACAGAGGAAAUGGAUUCCGGCAUUAAAAAAAAGGGUAUUUUGUGGGGAGAUUAAUUAUACAGUCACCCUCACCCACACUGUCAUAUACCCACACACUGUCACCCCCCACACACACACACACGCUAUCAUCCACCCACGCACUGUAACUUUCCACAUAUAAUCACAGUCACUUUCCACACAUACAGUUCCCUUCAUACACUGUUACCCCUCUCACACACUGUCACUCACCUUCACACACACGGUCUCAAUCUAAUAAUGAAAGGAAUAAAUUAAAGGAAGGGAUAGAAAGUAAGGGAUGAAAGCAUGGGGGUAAUAGAAUGAAAGGAGAUAAAAACAGUAAGCAGUAAAAUAAUGAAAUGAUACAUUUUAAGGAGUAAAACCAUGAACGGAAAUGAUACCCAGUAAGGAGAAAAGAAUGAAAAACUGAUCUACUGUACGGCUAAAAGCAUGAAAAGAAAGUGUGUGUAUAUGUAUAUAUAUGUGUGUGUGUGUGUGUGUGUGUGUGUAUAUAUAUAUAUAUAUAUAUAUAUAUAUAUAUAUAUAUAUAUAUAUAUAUAUAUAUAUAUAUAUUUGUGUUAAGGGCUCAUGAUAGUACAGAAGAUACAAACACUGAUAAGUAUGGGAUAGUGUGAAAGAGCAAGUCGGUUGUGGUGUGCCGGAACCGACGAUGAGGUAGGCCUGUAAAUAAAGAGGGCCCACCAAUAAGAAAUGUAUGAGAAAAAGGAGUUCAUAAAAAGGAGUGGGUGGGAGGGUGAUGCAGCGCUGACCUCGAACGGUAUGGAGCCAGGUAAGGGGUGUCCCUUAAGUAGGGAGAAGGUGAGUCAUACGCCCCUCCCACAAUUACAGGCCAAAAGGCCUUAAUACUUGUGUUAAGGGCUCAUGAUAGUACAGAAGAUACAAACACUGAUAAGUAUGGGAUAGUGUGAAAGAGCAAGUCGGUUGUGGUGUGCCGGAACCGACGAUGAGGUAGGCCUGUAAAUAAAGAGGGCAAAAGUAGAAAAUAUACUUUAUUACGAAACGAGCAGUAUACAUACUUCAACCAGACAUAUCUUGAAAGGCAUUUCUAACUUCUUGUACCGGGUUAGGUAUGUAUCUAGAGUAUGCAGAAGACUUCCAGCGCCCUAGUGACUUGAUAACAUGUACUGGAAUGUUUGCACUGGACGCUGUGGAGGCCGCCCCUAUGCGGAAGGAGUGGCCCGAAUAGUUAGCUGAUUUUAGUCCUAGUUGUGUAAGUAGGGACCUGACGUGGGUCAUGAAGGUGGUGGUAGUGAGUACCGAACCUUGUAGACAGAAAAGUGGUUGAGAUGGUGAUGCUUUGAAAUGCUGAGUAUAGGUGUCCAGUAAUGUGACGGGGCACCACACGUUGUGGGUAGGAUAGUAUCUAACCUCUACCGGGGGUGCGUGUUGAUUGGUUUUGGAGUGAUGCAGAGUUAAAAUAUAGUAAUCCAUGUGUUUCGUUAAGUGUGAAUGAAGCAGAAUGUGAGUGGACUGGGAUGUGUUGAUGGCGGUAAAUUCUCUUGGUCUCAAGAAACCAUAAAAAGCUACGUAUAUGGCGGUUUUUAUAACAAGGUUUGUGUUGUUCGCAAAGGGUUUCGAAUCUAGUAGGCUGGAUAAAUCCUUGAAGAUAUUGAAGUCUAUAGGUAGCCUUUGCGCGGUACGUGGGGGUUCGGAUCUCUGGAUACCUCUAAGGAUGUUUUUUAUCUGGUAGGAGGACAUGAAACUUGUGUUGUUUGGUUGUAAUGUUAGCAUGUGAUGUUGUAUGCCUGUUAGAUAUAGCUUGAUUGUGUUGUAAGAUAAUUUAAGUUUGAGGUGGCAAAAAGAAGCAAAACCUAACAAAGAUGUCAUGAUGAAAGGUUGUGUGACGUUGUGCAGUGACAGGAAUCUUUUAAAUAGAAGGAAAGCCCUGUCAUAUGUUCUCCGGGUAUUGGUGGACAGUGCUAAUUGUGCCAAUGUCCUGCUAUGUUGCAUAAUAGCUUCUAGUCCAUGACUAGCUGGUGGAAAGGUGGAGUGGUCGUGGCUGUACGUGCGGCUGACGGAAGUAUUUGCCGAAAAGCCUGAAAAUUGAAACGAGACAAACUGUCAGCAGCCGUGUUACAAACACCUGGGACAUGGACACAAAACAAGAAGAAGUUAUGGCAUGCAGCCAGCCAGGUGAGUUUCCUCAAGAACCUCAUAAUGGUCAGUGACUUGGAUCGGCCUUUGUUUAUGAUGUGGCAGGUAGCUUGGUUGUCUGAGUGGCAACGUACUGACGAACCUGCCCAUAGAUGCCCCCAUGUCACGGCAGCUGCCACAAUGGGAUACAUCUCAAAUAGAGCUGAGGUAGUGGAAAACCCUUCCAGGUCCUGUACCUCUGGAGGCCAGCUACCCCAAAGCCAUUCAUUCCCGUAAAUUGCUGCAAAACCUGUGGUAGACGCCGCGUCUGACCAGAUGGUAGGUGAGGAGUCAGACAAUUUAGGGAGAAACAUGCUUUUCCCAUUCCAGGUGGUCAAAAAGUUUCUCCACAUAAGUAGGUCUGCCGUGGCUUGGGUAUCCAGUGGUAACCUGUGUGCAUCAUGUCUAAACAGUGGGAACAUGGUUAGGAGCCGUGAGAUGAAAGCCCGGCCUUGAGGUAUAAUGCGCAUGGCAAAGUUCAGUGACCCAAGUAGAGACUGCAAUUCUUUGCGAUUGCAAGUACCGAGGUGUAUGUAGAGGUUAAUGUUGGUGAGAAUGUUCUCUAUCUUGGUGCGUGGCAGGCUGGCUUGCAUGGUGGCUGAGUCUAGCAUGAUUCCCAGAAAGGUGAUGACUGUAUCUGGUCCUUCAGUUUUGGUGGGGGAGACUGGAACACCCACCUGUUUGAAAAGACUGAUGGUUGCUAUGAGGCUACUGGGAGGGGAAGUGUUCUCUUCGAUCAGUAAGAAAUCAUCCAGGUAGUGUAUAACUGUAGGGCAUCUGGCUACAUUUAAUAAUAACCAGCAUAAUGUUUCGGCGAAUACGUCAAAAAUGGCCGGACUACUUUUUGAACCAAACGUUAGGCGUGAGAAAAAGUAGUAGUGCCCGGCCCACUUAAUGCCAUGCAGGUGCCAUAGUGUAGGGUGGAUAGGCAAUAAUUUGAAGGCAUUUGUAAUGUCAGUCUUGCUGAGCCAUGCUCCGACCCCUGCCUGCAUGAUAGCUGUAAUGGCGUGAUCUAUGGUGGAGUAUUGAAGUGAAAAUUCCUCAGAGGGGAUAAGGGAGUUCAGACUAGGUGAGGCAGAGGUGUGAGGUGCAGACAGAUCGAUGAUAAGUCUUUGUUUGUGGGAAGAUUUCCCUGUGACAAUACCGAUGGGGUUUGUCCGCCAUGUGGAAAAAGGAGAGGACUGAAAGGGUCCCAAUAGGAAGCCCUCUGCCACUUCUUUGGCUAUGAGUGUGCUAACCGCUGUAGGGUUUUGUUGUGCAGAUUGUAAAUUAGGACAUUCAAGGAUUCCUGAAGGCAUGUGUAUGAGACCAGUAUGGAAUCCUUGUGAUAGACCAGUGAUGAUGAAGUCUACCAAAUGUCUAGAUGGAUGUCGUGACAGUAAUGCCGUGAGUACAGAAAUAUUUAUCUCAGUUAAGUAUUGCUUAGGGUACAUUUUAUUUGGACACAUGGUUUUCGCAUGUGCCCUAAAACAUUUUGAACAUAUAUGCAAUAACCGACAACCGCUGUAAUUACAUGCACCGACAUUGAAAUUAUUACAUAUUUGGGACUUCCCCAAAAACUUGAUAGGUCGACCCAGUUUGUCUUUAGGUGUUCUCUCUGCUGACACAGCGGAGCUAGUGCCCUGCGAGGUGGUAGGUUCGUUCGCAGUGGUCGGACAAAAAUUGGCAGUAUGAGCCAUGGAGGAGCAGUGUGCACAGGCCGGUGCUCUUAGACCUGCAAAGUGCCUGCAAAAAAUGAUCGUAUCAAUCUUACUCCAGUUGGACCUUGUCCCGUACUGUGAGAAGGCGCCAGACACUUUGGCAGAAAAAGAUCUAUGGUAGUCAUAGAAAGCUGACCCACCAUAUUUGUUGCCCAGAUCAACCAGCCUGUGCAUAUAUAAGUCAAACUCCUCACGUCUGUGGGGAUAUACCGUACAGACCACAUCCCGAUAAAUGCCAAAAGCUAAUACAAAUUCAGGAAUGGUUAGCUUCCUAUUUAAUCGUGCAUCCCUGGAUUUGACCACCACAGAAAUAUCGUCAUAAGCGUAGGUCUUAUGUUCCACUAUAUCCUGGGAGGCAAUUAGUAGUGAGGCCAGAUUGACAUCUUUACCUUCCAGGAUAUCUCUCCUGAGGUGCUCAGGAAUCAUGUGGGCAGGGUAAACUUCUUGGUCAUCCGAGGUGAUAGCUGGAGAAACUGAUUGCGACUCCACCACUGAUGGGGGAAUUGCCGUGGCCGGUCCAGCCAUAGUGAGGGCUGUAGUGACCGAUUCAAGUUUCUCCAGCCUAGAAUUGACCUUGCUCAUGGAUGUCAUGAGGGACGUGAGCAUGUCAUGUAUGUUCCUUGGGUGGGACUGGCUCGACCCUUCCCCAGCGUCCAUGUUAUCAGUUGAGGUGUGUAAUAAUUUGUAAAGUUCCGCUUUCCUUGCUGUUGCUGGAAAAGGGAUUUGUCGUCUCCUGAGUUCGCUAGUGAUACGAGGGAUAGUCCAUGAUCUGAAAGAUGCUGGACUAGCCGUAUCUUCCUCCUGUGAUGGGGUGUUGGUUCUAGCCGGAGUCCUUGGGAUGGAGAAAUCCUCUACCCCUUCUUGAGACAUACUAGAUUACAAAAGUAUAUGGUUAGCAUAAAACCCCCCGAGGGGAUGUACUGGCAGGCUAAUUAUGCCGGAUAGGCGAAAAAUUAAAACUUGUUCUUUGGUGACAGGUGAGGCCCUGCUAGUUGCCAAGUGGCUAUGAGAGGCUCUAUCUAUGCGUUGGCGCGAGGGGUUAUUGAGGCCACCCGACGUAGUGGCAGGAAUUCGUAGGCCUCUCGGUGACAAUACAAGAAAACAGGGGAAGGGAGUGACAGGUGGCACCCUCUCUAUAAUGCGAGGCGGCUAACUCACGUGUGGCCCGGGGGGCAUUACCUCCGAAACGUUGAGGCGGGGUGUUGGCCUCGCGGACCACUAAACGAUAGGCAGAAUGCCCGGAGGGGGGAUACCUAUUUGGGCCUAUAACCCCUAAAAUUGCCAGUACUCUAUGUCCUAAGUAGAGGAGGAACCAUAUGUGAUGUAUGGCGUGAGCAGGCUUAACGUACCUGGUAGUAUGUAUGCGUUUGAUAAGCGAUAGGUAGAGAAAAACUGGAAAAAUCCUAAAGGGAUAGAAAACCAAAUAUGAUAGUGUGAGAAUUGGAUCCUAUGAUACCAAUUUAGACUAGUUAUAUGUGAUGAGUUCUAGUAGUACAUAUGGAAAGGGAAUACAUGAAUGAUAUUGGCCCGACUGGCCCUGUAUGUGGUAUGGUAAUCAUGCUUGGGGGUGUGUAUGAUAUGUCUCUGGUGACCAGAUUAAUGCGUAUGAUAUAGUAAUGCUAGUGUUUGUGGUAUAAUAAGGUGCAGGAUUUAAAACAAUACCGUAUAUGUUAGGCCGUAAACGUAAGCCAUGAAAAGAGGUAAGUACGAGGUACAGAAAUAUUUGAGAAGUUAUCCCAAAAUUGGAAACAACGUGACGUAUGAGUGGUUGAAUCAAGACGUGUGAUUCAACCCGAGAGUUUGUGAGAUUUGUGAGACCGUGUUCUUGUGUACUUGGUAUGUCGUUUGAGUACACAAAGAAAAAGUCAGAAUAUAUAAGUGCCAUGUAAGAAACGUGAGUACAUGGUAUGAUAGAAACGUAAUUUCUAAACAUAAUUUAUAACGUAAAUCCUACAAGCGACAUCUGUAAAAUGUAAAGGCUUGUCUAAGCUUAACUCCAUAAAUAUAUGUAUAUAACAUGAAGAAUUUCAAUAAAACUUUAAUAAUGCCAUAUCUGCUAAGAUUAAACCAUAACCUAAAUAAAUACUUAUUCAUAAGUAGUUAACAGGGGUAUUGCCCCAGUCAUAUGCAAGGAUUUCGUAAUUUGCAUAAGCUAAAUAACAGUAAAUGACAUGAAACCAAUUAUAGCUGAUGAUAUGCAGAACGAAUUUGCUUAAUACAAAGAAAAACCGAAACCGAUAUGCCUGCCGGCAGCAAAGGGGUUAAUAUGCCUGUGACUUGGCCGUAAAGCGUGUGGCCGUAAAGUAAGGCCGUUUUAAAUCGCGACGCCGUGGGAAAUGAUCCGGGCGACGGACUUACGAUUUUGAAGUCCUGUGGACUUAAUCUGCGACGAAAACACCGGGUAUGUGCGCGGCUGAACGGGCGGAAAACCUGUAAGGAUUCCUGGACACAGCUACACCAAACGAAAACCGCGGGUUUUUUGAAAAGCAAGAUGGCGCCGUACGUGAACCGGAAGUGGAUUCUCGAUGCAGCGCUGACCUCGAACGGUAUGGAGCCAGGUAAGGGGUGUCCCUUAAGUAGGGAGAAGGUGAGUCAUACGGCCCUCCCACAAUUACAGGCCAAAAGGCCUUAAUACAUAUGGAGUAAAACAAUGAAAUAAAAGGACAAACACUAAUACACUAAAACAUCUUUGCGUUCCGAAGAUGUUUAGACAAUUUUAAUUUUGACCCCUACGUACUGCUAAGUUAUGCAGGUCUGUACUGGUUCUAGUGACUAUAGGGUCCCUUUAAAGUAAAACUUCAGGCAUUUACACAACACAAGUGACCUUAUUUUUUUGCAAAACUAGAGAUUAAAAAGUAGAGUGAAUUUUUUUAAAUUUUUUUUUUUUUUGGCAGCACAGUUUAUUUUAGAUGUUCUUUAUUCUGGCUCUGUUAAUUGAAAUUUAAAAGACCACUCCACACACUUAUUAAGCAUUUUAGGGGGCUUUCCUUCUGCUGACGUUGGCUCCCCUGAGCUAACAGAAGUGGCAGGCGCGCUUCACUUGAGUGUGCCUGACUCCCCAUGCAUACCUCACAUCAGCAUGCUUAAGUGCACGGAGGAGACCUUUAGAGCUCUCCGGGGGGAAAAAGGGGAGGGCUUGUAAAGGCCGCAGUUCAUAACAACUGCAGCUAUUGCAAACUGUUGUAAGAUAUACCCCAAAUAGGUAAUAUAUACUGAAAAGUAAUUUCUACCUUCUUCCUUUAAUCACACCUUCUUCCUUUAAUCACACCUUUAACAGUGCAGGAGAUAAGAAAUGUGUAAUUAAACACUAUGCAAUAAAGGAAGAAAUUGUUAGGGAGUCUUAGCAAGGCAAGGUGUGACUAUGGCUCCUGAAUUGCAGAAAAUUGUAUAAUGAGAGAGCAGUUGCCUGAUCUAUACACCAAAACCACUUCAUUAAACCAAAUGUUGUCUUGAAGUUUAAACUGUCCUUUUAAGUACUGCAGUUAUACAAUACUUAAUCAUCUAUUCUUGUCUAGUUGACGUACCUUAAUGGAAUAAUUAAAAGUGAUACUCUAAGCACUGCAGCAUGUAGUACUCUAGCACACCCUCUUUCUCUAUUGUAAGUAGCCAUGCAAUUUUUAGAAUGGUUUACACUCUUACCUGGGGCCCACUGGAAGCUCCUAAACAGGGUAUGCUCGCUGGGUGUUUGCUUUAGCUGAAAUCUGGGUGUGAUUCUAAGCAGGAAAACAUUUUUUUUGAAAAUGUGGGAUACUGACCAGGCUGUCACUACAUGUAGUGGAAUAAGGCAUUUGCCCAGGGCAGUAAAACUAAUUGUACUGGCAUAUAAUUUGUUUUGGCCUUUGAAUCAUUAAACCCUCUAUGCCAAAUGACUUGGCAAGACUGUCUAGAUAUGAAGAGAGUUUUAUAAACCUUUUAACAUUUAAGAAGAGGUAAAACCAAUGAGUUCUGGUGUCUCAACAAAAAAAAGUUUAAAUUACAGAGAUGGUAUCUUUAGUGCUAAAGUAACUUUUGGAUAUAUGCACUGUAAAUAAUAGCAUAUGUUUUCUUUUUUUUUUCCAGGUUUAUCCAUGGACAGUGAGGUCCAGAGAGACGGACGCAUUUUAGAUCUGAUUGAUGAUGCCUGGAGAGAGGAUAGACUGCCGUAUGAAGAUGUAACUGUUCCCCUGGUGAGAGAAAUCCACAUCUAUUUAUUUUUUUUUUAAAUCUUUAUUUUUGUAGUGCUAAUGAUAAGUAAACUUGUUAUGGCACAAUAACAAACACUUCAAGAACAGACCAUAUGAAACCAUAAUAUGGCAUUCAGAGAUAUUGCACAGUUUUGAUUGAUACAACAUGCUAGCAAUAGACGUACGUCAGUAGGUAGUGAGGACAAGACUGUCAAUCAAGCUAUACUGACUGACUGACCAUUUGAGUAGUAGUAAGCUGCACAAAAUUACGUUAUUUAACAAGAUAAGAAUGCCACUAGAGUCACCCACUAAAUAAAAUAUAAAUGCUAACUGAAAACAUAAAAAUACAUUCUAAAAGCAGAUAGUGGGUGGAGAGUAGCACAGGGUAUGUAAUACAUAUUUAAUGGUGCCCUGUAUGGGCCUUGAGGCCUAAAAGGGAUAGGACACUGGAUCCUAAGCCCCAGAUUAUAUUUAGCCUAUGCCCAUUAGCCAGUGCAGCAUAAGCAGAGGUUGCUGUAGCCUCCAGUUCAAUAGAGAACCACGCCACCAGCCCCAGGCUCUAACACAGUCCAGCACUUGUUUCUCACUGGUCCGGCCACCUCAAUCGGUCUGGAUGGGGAUCUUCUCUCCGCUUGUGGAUUUCUCACUCUAUUGCAUGCAUCCCAAGGCUGUGAGCUGUGCUUGGUGGGGUUACCCCUUGUAGACUGAGGCCCAGGUAAGUGACUGCAGAUUGCAGGGUGGCUACCCUGGAGAUGAGAUGUCUUUACCCUCCACGUCUGUGUUUUCAGGGACGCGGCAUAGCGGAUCCAUAGAGGCCUUGGUGUAAGGGCAUGUCUAGUUGUGUUCCUGCACCCUUGCAGGGAUUUUUACUCAGAAUGUAGCCACUAUUGGUCAGAGACCCUCUCAAUGCAUUCCACGUGGUAGGCCCUAAAUGUAGAGACCUGUACUGCAGCCAUCUUAACUGGAAGGCCACAAGUGAGCAGCCCUGUAGAUUGUGUAAAUUAGAGCAGCUCUCCAUCUAUCGCUAAGCUGGGUGCACGGGGACUCACAGUGGGGACCAGGAUAUAACAUGCGUCCAGAGCCAGGAGAUCGGCCACCUCUCCCAAUCAGACCGCAGUCUUGUUGUGUCGCAGGGUCAGAGAAGUUCUGCCGGCCAGGCAGCUCUGGAGAACCCAUACAGUAUGGCACAAGUUGUGUCGUUCCAAGAGCAUAAUUAGUUUAGGCUUUAAUGGUACACAGAUAAGGAGCUCACCGAAAGUGCAGCCAUCGCCAUGAAAGUCAGGCCCCACCCCAUCCAGUAUAUUUGAUUACAUUUACAUUUUAAUAGUAAUAUUAGAAAACACUUUCAAAGAAAUUUAGUUUUUGGACAUAUAUAAACAUAGAAGUCAGGGAAAGCACAGCAUUAAAUAAAGCCUUUGGUUUUUCUUUUUUAAAUCUAUUAAUAUUUAGACAUCACCCUGACUUUACCAUCUCAUUAGUACGCUUUCCACUCACCAUAGGUUGACAAGGCCUGGCAACAUUAAACAAAUGUUAUACUUUAAGCCGUAAACUGUGCGCAAACAUGCACAUUUUACAAGCAAAAUAAAUAUGGACUCUGUUACAAUAAACAUAGCCAGACACAAUUUAAAAAUGUUUGGAUUGGUUUAGAACCACUUUGAUCAGGCUUUUAUUUAAGAUGGGCAGUUUUAUUACCAACAAACUAAGGUGUUUUGUUUUUUUUUGUUUUGUUUUGUUUUUUUUCUUCUUCUUUGGCCAGGUAAUGACUAGAGCUGAGCUGGUAAUGAUUUUCCAGAGCAGCUAUUUUGACUAAAUGUUAUUAUAAUCCACAAGAUCUAUAGUAAAUGGGAUAUUUCAUCCCCAAACUGGAGGGGUAGAACAACAACUGGAUGUCCCCAGGUAGUCUAAGCAAAUGCAGAAAGGAUGGAGACCAGGCAGGAUGGUGGUUUCAAGCUAGGCUCUGCAAGGUUUCAUGCCUAUUUGUGGGUUAGUAUACUGAGUCUCCUGUUUCUAUUGGAGUGCAAUCAUUUUUCUAGGUUUAAUUGCAAGUACUGGGCUGGACAAUGAGAACUAUCCUCAAAUGUCACUCUGCAGUAUGGUGCCCAUUAAACAGCUUUGCAUAUUCACAUGCCUCAGUGUUGCUGCAUUGCCAUGCUUAUGUGGCUACACUCUGUGUCUCCCUUGAGUCCUCGAUAUCUCCAGGUCCUACUAGUUGAGGAAUUAAAAUUGGGUACACAUGGAUAUUAGCUCUAUACUGACAAGUGACUGAAAAGCAAAUGGUUAACAAAUUAAAAUAAUUAUUUAGUCCCUCCUACCUUGCCCAUAAAACCAUACCAGGUUAUCCAUGAGCCAGUUUUUCCAUAAAAGUAAACACACAAAAUGCAAUAGCGUGUGUGUGUGUGUGUGUGUAUGUAUUUAUAUUUAUUUAAAUUGGGAGGGAUCUUGUACUGUCAUUAAAGGAACACCAUAACAUUAGAAAUACAAAAAUGCAUUCCUAGUGCUACAAUAGGUGUGUUGUCCCCACCUUCCCAGUUUGCAAUAAAAAAUAAAGUUUUACUUCAUUCUUUCUCUGCCUCCAGCAUGGCCUCUUCCACAGCAUUUUGAGUCAUGGCUCCUCAUUAUGUGCGUGCCUGACAAUUUUUGUGUGUACAUUCAUGCUUCUCCAUAUGAAAGCAAUGAAUUAUAAUUUCCUAACAGCUUCCAUGUCCUGUGACCAAGUUUUACUCUGUUAGCGCAGUGCCUCUAGUACCGGUCUGUAUGAUACCCAUACAGGUGGUAUUAAUCCUGUAAUGUAAACAUUAUUGAAGUUUCUAAAACUACAUUGCAGGGUUAAAAUGACCAUACCACGGGUCAUACCGUCACUUCCAGGAACCCUUGUUCUUUAUGCUGAAGAUCUGUAGUAAUAACUUUGGCUGUAUUUUUUGAGGGUCUUUGCCAUUCUGCAGAAUACAUUUUGGGCAAAUCAAAUGCCUUUCUGGUGCUAGUGGCAUGAUGGAUGGGUAUCUGUCUGUACUGCUCAGCAUUGAGGAGACCAUUUAUUUCUGACCGAAUCUUUUUGUUUGCAGAAAUGCAGCCCAAAACAUGCAAGGGAAACUAUGCCAAUUGUUGCCUGCAGACAUUCAUUUUAAUAGAACUGAUGCUGUUAAGAAGGCAGUGGUAGUUUUGAUUCACUCACCUGCAUUUUGUUAAACUUAAUAAACUAUUUACAUGUUUAUUUUUUAAUGCAUUAUUGCUUUACAGCAUUUAAAAAAAGAAAAAAAUUAAAAAAUAUAUAUAUUUUAACAUCUGCCUAAAACAUUUCCGGUACAUUGCUGUUGUGCUGAUCUGGUAACUAUUGGUUAAACUUACUUAUUCUUAUAUUAUUUAUAUAAAGUAAUAACAUUUUGUAGAAUGUAAAUAAAUACACUUUGCUUUUUUUUCUUCUCUUUAUUUUCUUUUUAGAACGAGCUUCCUGAACCUGAACAAGAUAAUGGUGGUGCAACAGAGUCUGUAAAAGAGCAGGAAAUGAAGUGGGCAGAUUUGGCACUGCAAUAUCUACAUGAAAACAUUCCAUCAUCAGGGAGUUGA